AUGGACAGAUCUGUUCCAAGCAUUACGUUUGAAGAUGUGGUGAGAAGACUCACUUGGUAUGAUGAUAGACUCAAAAUGUAUUUGGCUGAAGAACAAGCAGCCACUCACUACUCAAACAACACUCCAUCUCAAAGCUAUUACAAGAAUCAUACCAGAGGAGGAGGCAGAGGCUACAAGAAGAGAUUCGGAAAUGGUGGUGUAGUGUGCCAAAUCUGUGGCAAGAUUGGUCACAUUGCAUUUAACUGUUGGCACAGAUUCGACAACACCUUUCAGUAG